AUGCUAAGCUGCGAGCAGUUGCCGUUCGGGGUGUCACGAGGUAUGCACAUGUCAGCCGCCCAUCUUAUGACUUCGGCGGACAUCGCUAGUGGGAGCGGGGCCAGUGGGGGUGGGGGUAGCGGUGGUGGCGGCGGAGGGGGCUUAGUUCCCCAUCACCACAUGGGAAUCCUGGGGCUCGCAUCCCGAGAGAAGAUCCCCGAUUUUCUAUUGGACGAUCGGGCCUUGAACGAAGUUCUUUCGGAUCACCCGGGGGAACUGGUGCGGACUGGGAGUCCGAAUAUCCUCUGUACCGUCUUGCCCAAUCACUGGCGCUCCAACAAGACCUUGCCGGUGGCUUUCAAGGUCGUAGCUCUUAGUGACAUCAACGACGGCACCGUCGUCACCAUCCGGGCCGGCAACGAUGAGAAUCAUUGUGCGGAGCUUCGGAAUUCCACGUCCAUCAUGAAGAACCAGGUCGCCAAAUUCAAUGACCUUCGAUUCGUCGGACGCAGUGGACGGGGGAAAACGCUCAAUCUGACAAUCACGUUGAACUCGAACCCCAUGCUCGUGACUACGGUCCUCAAGGCCAUCAAGGUCACCGUCGACGGUCCUCGGGAACCACGAAGCAAAACCAGUAAGUUUCUGCUUUCCAAAUGUUCUAUGCAUAACAGCCAGUGA